AUGCGGUCUACCGUCUUCCUGUUAAACCUCUUUGCGGGGAUCAUUGGAGCUAGCGCGCUUGAUCAACAGCUACUCGCAAAUCCGACUGAACAAAUUCAGGCGGAAGGGAUAUCCACGUCAUCCGGCCUUCACGGUCGCUUUCUUCACAUCACAGACUUUCAUCCUGACAGAUACUACAAACACGGCGCCUCAAUCGAUGAUGGCUCCUGCCACCGCGGCAAGGGGGUCGCUGGCUAUUUUGGACAGGAGGGCUCCGAUUGCGAUUCGCCCUAUGCCCUAGUCAACGAGACAUUCCGCUGGAUAGAAGAGAAUCUCAAAGAUGAGAUUGAUUUCGUGAUCUGGACUGGUGACUCGGCCCGUCACGACAAUGAUGAGCGUAAACCGCGUACGGAGAAGGAGAUCAUACAACUCAACGAAUAUGUAGCCGAAAAAUGGAUAUCAUUGUUCGGAUCCCGAGAACACUCCAAACGACUGACGGGCGUACCCCGAAUCCCCGUCGUGCCGAAUUUCGGCAACAAUGACAUUGCGCCGCACAACAUCUUCAUGCCGGGCCCGAACAAGUGGACAAAGGAGUAUGCGGGAAUCUGGCACGAUUUUAUCCCCGAAGCCCAGCGACAUAGCUUCGUCACCGGUGGCUGGUUUGUAUCUGAGGUCAUCCCCGACAAUCUGGCUGUGAUCAGCUUGAAUACCAUGUACUUUUUCGACUCCAACAGUGCGGUGGACGGAUGCAAAGACAAGUCUGAGCCAGGAUUUGAACAUAUGGAGUGGUUACGGGUUCAGCUAGAAACUCUGCGUACUCGCAACAUGAAGGCCAUUCUUAUGGGCCAUGUGCCUCCUGCGCGCACGGCGAGCAAGAAAAGCUGGGAUGAGAGCUGCUGGCAGAAGUAUACGUUAUGGAUGGAUCGUUAUCGCGAUGUUGUCGUGGGCAGCCUUUACGGCCAUAUGAAUGUCGACCAUUUUAUGUUGCAGGAUCACCAUGAUGUCGACAUCGUUGCUCAGACAUCGACAGGCGACGUUUCUCCAACGUCAAAGUCAGACUAUGUCAAUGAGCUGCGUGACCAAUGGUCAAAAUUACCCUCUCCUCCAAAGGGCGUCUUUGAAGCUCUGGACGACGAAGAUGAAAUUGAGGAUGACUGGGGCGCAGACGAUAUACAAAACCAAAGGAAGAAGAAAGGCAAAAAGAACAAGAAGGAGUCAAAGGAGAAGAAACGUCAGAAGUUUUUGAAAAAGAUUGGUGGUCCCUGGGCAGAGCGAUACAGUCUGUCGCUAGUUCCACCAAGUUUGGUACCAGUCUUCUUCCCCACUCUUCGUGUGAUGGAGUACAACAUCACCGGCUUGAAGCUUUACGAUGACACAUUAACGUCCACGAACUUUGAAUCGAAUGUCAUUUCGUAUGAGCGAGAGACCAACGAAAUGAAGAAGCCACACUUCACAAUUCCAAAGCCUCCAUCACCCGCCAGCCCCCCGGGCCCUGCAUAUUCUAACCAGGCCCUGACCUGGCUGAGUUAUACACAAUACUUUGCUAAUAUUACACGGAUCAAUAAGGAUGUUGACCGCCAUGCGGAGAAGGAGCCUCGGCUUGAAUUUGAAGUCGAAUACAGCACGAACGAUGACGUUUAUCAGAUGGAGGAUCUGACCGUGCGCAGCUUCUUCCAGCUGGCCGUACGAAUAGGGCGGAAGGGCAAGCCUUCAAGCAAAAGCAUUCCAUCCGACGCAGAAGUGGCGAAGAAAAAGAAGAAAGUCAACAAAACUUGGAGUGCCUUCUUAUCGCGCGCUUUUACUGGACUGAUAGAUGUUCACGACUUGGAUAACGAUAAUUAA